AUGACUGUUAGCCACCACCUUCCUAAGCUUGACGUUGAGGCUGCGCGGACCCAUUUUCCAGGUCUCGACAAAGGUUCUAUUUGUCUGAACAAUGGAUCUGGUGCGCUUGUCUACAGAGGGGUCAUUGAGAGCAUCGCUCGCACCAUGUCUGCCCCCCAUAUGAACCUACGCGGCCUAGACACAAAGAGCAAAGUCGACAUGAAAGAGCGUACUCUACAAUACGCCAAACUUGCAUCAUUUAUGAAUGCGGGCCCUGAUGAAAUUGCUUUUGGACCUUCUACAACAGGACUUCUACGAACUUUGACCAAUUCCCUGCGUCCAAAUCUCAACGCAGACUCAGAAAUAAUAGUAUCCCUUCUAUGCCACGAGGCUGGCAUUACCGCAUGGGUUGCUUUAGCAAAGAGUCUCGGUAUCUCUAUCAAGUGGUGGGCACCAGCAGGCGGAAUAGGAAACAACAGAAAUCCCAAGCUCACCCUAGAAUCACUUCGACCUCUCCUAUCAUCCAAGACUCGACUUGUAUGCUGUGGACAUGUGUCAAAUAUCACUGGAACCCUUGAGCCCAUAAAAGAAAUUGCCGAACUUGUUCAUACAAUUCCUGGGGCAUUGAUUUCCGUGGACGGGGUGGCAUGGGCUCCUCAUCGCCCCAUCGAUGUGAAAGAAUUGGGUGUCGACUUUUACGUGUUCAGUUGGUACAAAGUCUUUGGUCCUCACAUUGCGCAAAUUUAUGCCCACCGGACUGUGCAGCAGCGCUAUUUGACCAGUCUCAACCACUACUUCUUUGACCCCACCGCUUUAUCAGUGAGGCUGGGUCUCGGGAACAGCUGCAUUGAACUCGAACAUGCUGUCACCCCAAUCAUUGAUUACCUUGUCAACCAUAUUGGCUGGGAUUCUCUCAUUGCCCACGAAGAGGUCAUUACAGCACAUAUUCUCGACUAUUUGACAACAAACACCGAUCUCUACACCGUAUAUGGGUCGCAAACUGCAGACCCCAAAGCUCGCGUUUCUCUGAUUAGCUUUACUGUGAACGGAGUGGCCUCUGACAAGGUCGCGGAAAUGAUUCAUGAAACCUCGAACAUUCGGCUCAUCACUGGGGACUGCUGGUCUCCUCGUACAGUUCACGAUGUCCUUGGGGUGCCAGAAUAUGGUAUCAUUCGAACAAGCUUGGUCCAUUACAACACUUUGAGUGAGAUGAAGGAAUUCACGCAAACCUUGGAUCGGGUGGUACGUACCCUGAAACAAUGA